AUGCCUGCAGCAAUGAAGCGCCCAGCCACGCGUUGUCAACAAGAUGAGCAACCAGUUCUGAAGCGGCCUGCUGCUGCAACAGUGCCUGCUGAUGACAAAGCUGCAGAUCCCAUGGCCACACUGCCAGAAAACAAGGAAGAGCUGGAGAAAGUCUUGGCAGACCCAAAUAUCAAGCCAUUGGACAAAAAGCUUGCCAAGUUCAAAGCGGCCGUGAAGGCAGACGAAGAUGCGUCAGCCAUGUUUGCCAAGAUGAAACGAUUUUUCGAUCCCAGCGAGAUGAGCUGCCUAUGGGGCAGGUUUGGGACUCUCAUCAAUGGGUCCGCGGGUGAGCAGCAAGACGCUUGGAAGAGCAUUUGCAAUAUGGAUUGGCGCAGUGGCAAAGUGGAGGCCAAAGGAAAGAUAUUAGCCAUGCAAGUCAUGAAUCCCACUCGUUGGAAGGAGUUCUUGGUGCAGGAGGAGUUCGAGGAGCUUUUGGCCAAAGGCAAGUUCGAAGAGGUGGAAGACAGCGAUGGAGAUACGUGCUACUACAAGAAGGAGCUCAGCCAGACCGAUGCUUUGGAGCUUUCCCGUAAGGCAACUACUGGCAAGCAGAAGACAUCCAGCAGCCAGGUUGAAGUCGAGGCUCUCGCUUCAGCUUUCCGCUCUGAGUUCCAAGGGAAGGGCACUGGGUCCUCAACAGACAGAAAGCCCUUGCAGAACAAGAACAAGAAGGAAAAGAAGAAAGCAAAAGAGGAGACUGAAGAUGAGAAGGCGCAGAAGAGUUUGAAGGCAUGCUUGUCAGCCAUGAAUCGCCACCAGGAGAAACUUAUGGUCGCUAUUUCCAAAUUGGAGAAAGAUCGGGCGGCUGCUGGCAUCCGCCAACUUUGCGUCAACGCUUUGCAGAAGGUGAAGAAGCAGCAGUCCAAUCUUCAAGUCUUGAUUGCCGACUACAACCAGAAAGCAGCUGCGAAGGCCAUCGAGAAUGUCACCAAGGUUUCCGCUGAGUGUGCUGACGCGUUGAAAAAGGCAAAGCCUUUCACCGGAUAG